AUGGCCCGCACCAAGCAGACAGCGCGCAAAUCGACUGGCGGAAAAGCUCCUCGCAAACAGUUGGCGACCAAAGCGGCGCGGAAGAGCGCUCCUGCCACCGGCGGAGUGAAGAAGCCUCAUCGCUACCGACCCGGCACCGUGGCUCUGAGGGAGAUCCGGCGCUACCAGAAAUCCACCGAGCUGCUCAUCCGCAAACUUCCCUUCCAGCGCCUGGUCCGGGAGAUCGCUCAGGACUUCAAAACCGAUCUGCGUUUCCAGAGCUCGGCCGUCAUGGCCCUGCAGGAGGCAAGUGAGGCUUACCUGGUCGGGCUCUUUGAGGACACUAAUCUGUGCGCCAUCCACGCCAAGCGAGUCACCAUUAUGCCCAAGGACAUCCAGUUGGCCCGCCGCAUCCGCGGGGAGCGCGCCUAAGCCCAGCCUACACUCCGAACACCAGAAAAGGCUCUUUUAAGAGCCACUACCACGGCAAAGGAAAGGGCUGUAGCUUGCUCAUCAUUAUUGUAGUAGCGACCUGUCCUGCCGAUCGAUUUUGCACUAAUUGUCCCGUGCUACCAGGGUAGUUUAGCGAGGGACAGGAGCUGAACGCGCUCACUUCCUGUCAGGGUCUCAUCUGGCC